CCAUUUUUUUCGGUCAGAAAAAUAAAGAUCAAUAUCCUUAUUUUCCAAAAAUUAACCUACAGCGCUAAAUUCUCACUUCCUGGAGGCUUCUCUUCCUCAUACUUCUCUUUCUCUCUCUAUCGCUACCUCUUCCCCAAACUCUAAACCCUAGCUUCUUCUAUUCUUCUAUAGGGCUAGGGUUUCUACCUUACUCAUCAAUUCUCACCUUUUAAUAUUUUUUGUUAAUAUUUUCUCUUGGAUUUAGAUCUCUAGUCUAAGAAACUUUGUGUUCCGAUUUCUUUUUUUUUUUUUUGAAUUUGUUGUUUGAGUUCGAAUUAGUUCAAUAUUUCUCACCUCAUGGACGCUAGGAAAAGAGGAAGGGGUGAAGCUGGAGCUGUAAAUGCUAAUGGCGGAUUCAAGAAGCAUAAGCAAGAAACGGAAUCUGGUGUAGGAAGCAAAUCAAAGCCUUGCACCAAGUUUUACAGUACAUCUGGAUGUCCAUUUGGGGAAAGUUGUCACUUUCUGCACCAUGUUCCGGGUGGUUAUAAAGCUGUUGCUCAGAUGAUGAACCAACCACCGAUAUCAAGAGUUGCUCCACCACCUCCUCCACAAGCAAUCAAUGGCGUGGCACCUAGUGUCAAAAGCCGCCUGUGCAAAAAGUACAACAGUGCUGAAGGGUGCAAAUAUGGUGACAAAUGCAAUUUUGCUCACGGUGAGUGGGAACUCAAUAAACCUGUUGCUUCAUCAUUUGAUGAUCCUCGCACAAUGGGUGCACCCAUGCAUGGACGCUUUCAUGGAAGAAACGAGCCUCCUACUGCAACUGGUUUUGCUGCUGGCUUUGGCGCCUCUGCUACGGCUAAGAUUAGCGUUGAUACUAAUCUUGCGGGGGCCAUUAUUGGUAAGAGCGGUGUGAACUCAAAGCAGAUUUGCCGUCAAACAGGUGUGAAGCUUUCGAUUCGGGAUCAUGAGACUGACCCUACUAAGAGGAACAUUGAACUUGAAGGGACCUUUGAUCAGAUCAAGAUCGCGAGCGACAUGGUACAUGACCUUGUAGCAAGUGUAAGUGCAAAUGCUCCACAUAGAGCUUCUGGAGGAAAGCCACCUCAUGGACCAGACUCAAACAGUUACAAGACUAAACUAUGUGAGAACUUUUCGAAGGGUUCGUGUACUUUUGGUGAUAAAUGCCACUUCGCUCAUGGAGAAGCUGAGCUUCGGAAGUCUGGAGCGUAAGAGCCUUACAAACCCGAAUUUUGUUACUUGAGCUUUCAGUGUUCAUGGUUUGUGAAACUCUAAUCUUGAAUAUGCCUAAUCCAAUCUAGAAUUGAUUUUAGUAAAUGAGGUUCAAUGAUGCUAAGAGAUUGGCCUAUUCACUUGUCGGUGGUAGUUUGCUUGUUUUGUUUAGGAUUUAUGGUGUGAUGAUAGAAAUAUUUGUUUGCUUCCCCCCCUCAAAUAGAUAGAUUUCUGGUAAACUUGAGCCAACUUAUUAAAUUCCUACCAGGUUAAGAAAAAAGUAAGAAAAAGGAAAGCUGUUGCUUUGCAGUGUAAAUUGCAUAUGGUCUUGUCUGACGCCUUGCAAUGCGUUAGAAAUUAGCUAGUCGUGAUCCUGGCCGAGGCCUCCCUGUGUUCUGGAAAUUAGCUAGUCAUGAUCCUGGCUGAUGCCUUGCAAUGUGCUGGAAAUUAGCUAGUCUUGAUCCUGGCUGAUGCCUCGCAAUGUGCUGGAAAUUAGCUAGUCAUGAUCCUGGCUGAUGCCUCGCAAUGUGCUGGAAAUUAGCCAUUCAUGAUCCCGGCUGAUGCCUUGCAGUGUGCUGGAAAUUAGCCAGCCAUGAUCCCGGCUGAUGCCUCACAGUGUGCUGGAAAUUAGCUAGUCAUGAUCCCGGCUGAUGCCUCGCAGUGUGCUGGAAAUUAGCUAGUCAUGAUCCCGGCUGAUGCCUCGCAGUGAGCUGGAAAUUAGCUAGUCAUGAUCCCGGCUGAUGCCUCGCAAAUUGCAAUGUGCUUUGUAAAAUGCUUUAAUCAUUUUUAAGUGUUUUAGAUUGUCUACUACUGAAGUCCCUUGAAUUUCCAUCAUUUUAUUUCAUGCUGUCUUUAAUUUUGCUA